AUGGCUGAAGUCGCUGUUCCGCCAGCCCCCGAUGCAAUGGACGGUGUAGUCCAGCAACCAACAGCGCCAGAACCGCCUGCAGAGCCAGAAUUUACUUCCGAGACACUGUACAUCCAAAACCUGAAUGAAAAGAUCAAGAUUGAGGUCCUCAAGACAUCACUGCGGAGUCUGUUUAAGGCGUAUGGGGAGGUGUUGGAUGUCGUCGCCCACGGCAAUCUCCGAAUGCGUGGCCAGGCAUUUGUGUCGUUUUCCUCAGCCGAGAUAGCCCAGAAGGCGCUCAAGGAGGUCAAGGGCUUCCCGCUGUACUCGAAACCCAUGCAAAUAUCAUUUGCGCGGACGAGGUCGGAUGCGGUGGUGAAGAAGCUAGAUGCAGAGAACUUUGAAUCACACAAAGCACGGAGGGCAGAGCACAAGAAGAAGACGCGGUACUCAAAUCCGCUAAAACAGAAGCUGAAAGCGAAGCGUUUAGCAUCCGAGAUGGACGGUGUUGUGCCCACCCCGGCCCCGAAAAGACCGACGGUGCAAAUGCCAGACGAAUACCUGCCGCCAAACAAAAUUCUCUUCCUCCAAAACCUGCCCGAAAACGUCACCAAGGACCAGCUCGUGUCGCUCUUCUCACAGUACCCCAACCUCUACGAAGUUCGUCUCAUCCCGACCAAGAAGGACAUUGCCUUCAUCGAGUUCAUCGACGAGAACAGCGCGGGUGUGGCGAAAGACGCGCUGCACAACUACAAGCUGGAUGGGGAGAACAAAAUCAAGCUCACGUACGCAAGGAAGUAG